AUGGCGGCGCAAGCUUUCUUCACGGCCAGUGGCUUCUUCAGCUGGAAUUUCGGUUUUAUUGCAAUCGGAAUCAAUGGCUUCUUAUCGUCUGCGCCUGCAGCAGCAUCGCCGGCAGUCGCCGGUUCCGGUGGCGGCGCAACCUUAGGUGUAAUUCCAGGCAGUCCGACCUUCGGCGCGAUUCCUGGCAGUGCGGUCUUGGGUGUGAUUCCGGGACCUGGUGUCUUCGGAGCGGCACCUGGCAGGGCCGUCUUGGGCGUGAUUCCGGCAGCUGGUGUCUUCGGAGCGGCACCUGGCAGGGCCGUCUUAGGUGUUAAUCCUGGUAAUGCAACCUUCGGGGCAAUACCCAGCGUCUUGCUUUUCGGGGCUAUCAGCGGUCCCUUGGGAACCGAAGCGACUGCUCCAUCAGCAGGUGCUUCCGUUGCCGGCGCCGCUUUGGGAGCUAUCUUCGGGACGAUCGCUUUGGGAGCUAUCUUCGGGACGAUCGCUUUGGGAGCUAUCUUCGGGACGAUCGCUUUCGGUGCAGCGCCUUCGGUAGUUGGGGAUGUCUUCGGAGCGAUGCCCACUGGUGCCUUGGUGACCCCCUUAGGAGCCAAGAGAGGCGCCUUCUUGGCAGGAACCGGGUCAGCCUUUGGAGUCACCGUUGGAGCUGCCGCUUCAGCAGGCCCGGGUGAAGCACUCACUGGCGCUUUAGUCACGGCCUUGGGAGCCAUAGACGGAGCUUCUGCCUUCGUUGUUAUAGGGGUCUGGAAUGUAACCUUGGGCGUUAAGCCAGCCUUCCCAAGUGGUGCCUUAACAGCUACUUUGGGAGUUGCUGAUGCGGCAUCUGGCUGUGGCGUUGAGUCAGCCGAAACAUUAGACUUGCUGGCGACCAUAGGCGGUGCUUUGGUCGGCAUAGCCUUGGAUGCAGCGGCUUCGGGAGCCGGUGAUUUUGCCUUGCCAUCAGAAGCCUGUGGAAUCGAUGAUUUGCCGAAUGACGGCGCCUUCGUGAUGGAGGGGGUGGCUUUAGGCGCAGCAUCAGGUGCUGAUGCUGCCUUUGCUGGUGUGGCCGAUUCGGUGGACGCCGUUGCCGCUUUGGCAGGAGCUCCCAACGGUGUCGGCUUACCCUUGAGGAACAGUGGCUUGCGCAUUAUGGCCUUCUGCUUGGGCUGGAACGGCGUAUCCUCCGCUGGUUUCGGCUGA